AUUCAACCAACAACUCAACAUGUCUGGUCGUGGCAAAGGAGGGAAAGGUCUCGGAAAGGGUGGUGCCAAGCGCCACCGCAAGGUCCUUCGUGACAAUAUCCAAGGGAUCACCAAGCCCGCCAUCCGUCGUCUCGCCCGUCGCGGUGGUGUCAAGCGUAUCUCUGGCUUGAUCUACGAAGAAACCCGCGGUGUCCUCAAGGUGUUCUUGGAAAACGUCAUCCGCGACUCGGUGACCUACACGGAACACGCUCGUCGAAAGACGGUCACUGCCAUGGACGUCGUCUACGCUUUGAAGCGCCAAGGCCGCACCUUGUACGGUUUCGGCGGUUAAGCUGCAUCUUGCUCUCGCUCUCUCAAGAGAGGCCUACUCGACGGCCUUCUUUAUAUCUGGUGUUUUUCAACACCACCCAUCUUGUAUGAACUUAUCGUGUCUAUUCAAUUAUUUGAGCUCAUGCAAGUCAAGUAAAUCGACGCUCUGUCAAUUCAAAUGCUCGAUGACCCAUUUGAGCGACUGCACGUGGUCUAACUAGACUCCCCAAUGAGAGUUUGAAGUCACGUAGUAG